AAAAUUUGGGAUCCUAAAAUUAAUCCUAGUGGGAGUUUUCCCCGUGGGGGUAAAUGUACACCAUUCUCACGCGGGAGCAUAAUAUCUUUUGGAUAUAAGUAUCCAGUGAAAAUUAGCGCAAAGCCAGUAAAUUCCCGCCCCCUCUUUACUUCAGUUUUCCCUGAAUGUUCCCUUUCUAUUUUUACUUCUCGCCGAAGACGAUGAACCUUCUUCUCCCCGUGAAUCAUCAAACCCUAAUUCUCUCUCGUAAAACCCUAGCUUCUUCUCCUGCAAAUUCCUCAAAUUUGGGCCAUAGAAACCAUCAACUUCUUAGCCAUUCUUGUCUCUGGAGUCCAGAAAUCUUCAGAGGCCAUCAUCUGCGGAGUCGCCGGAAAAUUUUCCCUCCAAAUGCUGGCAAUAAAUUCCGGCGAUUCUCCAUUACAGGGUACAGCGAGCUUCCUGAUUCCGGCAAUGGAUCUUCCUCAUUUGCGGAGGAAUCUAGGGUUUCUAGUGGUGGUUUGCAGGGUUCGAGUGCUUUGGAGUUCAUCACUUCGGAGAGGGUGAAGGUAGUGGCCAUGCUUGGAUUAGCUCUAGCUCUGUGCAAUGCUGAUAGAGUUGUGAUGUCAGUUGUGAUUGUUCCUUUGUCGAUGACUCAUGGCUGGAGCAAGAGUUUCGCUGGAGUGGUUCAGUCAUCUUUUCUAUGGGGAUACUUAAUAUCACCUAUAGCUGGAGGAAUGCUGGUUGAUUAUUACGGUGGUAAGAUAGUCAUGGCAUGGGGUGUGGCCAUAUGGUCAGUUGCCACUUUUCUUACUCCAUGGGCUGCAAACCACUCACUGUUGGCCCUACUUGCCAUGCGAGUUUUGCUUGGUGUUGCUGAAGGUGUGGCUCUUCCUAGCAUGAACAACAUGGUCUCAAGGUGGUUUCCUCGAACAGAGCGAUCAAGGGCUGUUGCUCUUGCAAUGGCUGGAUUUCAACUAGGGUGUGCAAUUGGGCUCAUUGUAUCCCCUAUUAUCAUGUCUCAGAUUGGAGUGUUUGGACCAUUUGUGAUAUUUGGGUUGUGUGGGUUUCUUUGGGUUUUGGUAUGGGUAUCUGCAACAUCAAGUACUCCUAUGCUUCAUCCUCAAAUAUCAAAAUAUGAGUUGGAUUAUAUCCUAGACAAGAGGCCAGGACCUUCGGGGUCUACUGCAAUGAAGUUACCAAAAAGUGCUAAAGGUUUACCUCCUUUCAAGGUUCUACUAUCAAAGUUACCUGUAUGGGCUCUUAUGUGUGCAAAUGCUAUGCACAGCUGGGGUUACUUUAUCGUUCUCUCAUGGAUGCCCAUUUACUUCAACACAAUUUAUCAUGUAGACCUUAGGCAAGCAGCAUGGUUUAGUGCAUUCCCAUGGUUUAUGAUGGCGACUCUAGGCUAUGUUGCAGGUGCUGCCUCAGAUAUGUUGAUUCGAUCUGGUUUCAGUGUCACAUUUACUCGCAAGGUUAUGCAGUCAAUUGGCUUUGUUGGUCCUGGGAUUUGCCUUCUUGGUUUAAAUUCAGCAAAGUCCCCUUCUAUUGCUUCCAUUUGGCUUAUGGUGGCUCUUGGAUUGAAGUCUUUUGGCCAUGCUGGUUUUCUAGUAAAUAUCCAGGAGAUUGCUCCACAGUAUACUGGUGUUUUACAUGGUCUAUCGAAUACAGCUGGGACGUUGGCAGCUAUCCUGGGGACGGUUGGAGUGGGUUUCUUUGUGGAGCUGAUAGGUUCCUUCCAUGGCUUUCUCACUCUUACUGCUUCACUCUAUUUGCUCUCUGCUCUUUUCUGGAACCUCUUUGCUACAGGUGAACAGGUGGUUUUCGAUUGAUAAAAUCACCCUUGUGGGGAGCGAGCCUCACUUCCAAUGACGUUUUGCACCAUGUAAUUGUUUCUCAUUCAGGGGCCUAGCAGCUACGUUGGCUGUGUGUGAGAGAAAGAAAUUAUUUUUUACUUAUAUCUUUUUCAAA